AUGGAUAAUGUCUCCGUUGUAAGAAUUUUCUUUCUAUCAGGGUUGAAUAAGACAAAUGAUUACAGAGUAACACUCUUUACAUUAACUUUACUGUAUUACUGUAUGAUUUUGUUUCUGAACAUCUCUAUCAUCAUGAUUAUUGUGUUGGAUGAAAACUUACAUGAACCCAUGUACAUUUUAUUGUGUAGUUUUUGCAUGAAUGGUCUUUAUGGGACCACAGGUUUCUACCCCAAGUUCCUCUUUGAUCUGUUGUCUUCCUCGCAACAGAUCUCCUAUGAAUGGUGCCUUUUGCAGGCUUUUGUCAUGAAUUCAUUUUUAUGCUGUGAAUUAUCUAUCCUAGCAGUCAUGGCCUACGACAGAUAUCUGGCUAUAUGUCGACCUCUUCACUACCAGUCUGUCAUGACAAAGAGGAAGGUCUCUAUGCUGAUAUGUUUCUCCUGGUUCACACCUUUCUGCAUUCUUCAAAAAUUGAACCUUUCUUCAGGCUUGAGUCUUAGAUGUGUAACCUGA